AUGGCUUCUACUGUCAGUAACACCAGCAAGCUUGAGAAACCCGUGUCUCUUAUAUGGGGGUGUGAGCUGAGUGACCAGAAUAAAACAUUUGUGUUUAAAGUGUCAGACGAAGACAAGUGUGAACACCAGCUGGCUCUGAGAACGGUCUGUCUAGGCGAAAAAGCCAAGGAUGAAUUUCACAUUGUAGAGAUAGUGCCAGAGGAGGAGGGGGCUGAUGCAAAACCAGUACCGAUUGCCACCCUAAAACCUUCUAUUCUGCCCAUGGCUACUAUGGUUGGCCUGGAACUUACUCCCCCAAUCACGUUCCGGUUAAAAGCCGGGUCUGGCCCAGUUUUUAUCAGUGGUCAACACAUCGCAUUGGAAGAAGAUUACUCUUGGGCAGAAGAAGAGGGAGAAGAAGAGGAAGAGGGCGAGGAGGAGGAAGUGGAAGAAGACCCGGAAUCUCCUCCCAAAGCCGUGAAAAGACCGGCUGCCACAAAGAAAGGAGCCCAGGCGAAGAAGAAGAAAAUGGAUAAAGAGGAAGAGAGCUCUGAAGAAGAGAGUCCAGCUAAAAAGGGCAAAGGUGCUGGAAGAGGCAGGAAGCCAGCUGCUAAGAAAUGAAGAUGUGUAAGGUCCAGCUUUUCCUGGUCUCCCACCUCAUCCCUGCUUUCAACUUUGUCUACCUGAUGGUCACUACCACCAGUCGCUUAAACUUACCAGUGUGCAAACCUUGCGCUACAAUCAUCUGGACACAUGGGGCGGAGAGACAUGACUCUUACCUUGGUACUGUUUCAACAGAGGCAGUAUUAUCAGUGGACAACCUGAACGAGCUAUGUUUGCAUUCUCUAAUGCUCGAUACUCUAAUGGACUAAACGUAUUG